CGUACAUCUUUUUCCUCCACAAAGCCGAUUUAUUUCUUCUUUCCAAAGCACUUUUCAAGUGUUCCUAGCAACAGUUACUACGAGCAUCAACGAUAUAUCCAUGGCCGAUUCUCAGCUGAAGGUUCUGGUUAUUGGGAGCGGCGGACGCGAACAUGCGCUGGCGUGGGCGCUGGCCAAGUCGGCGCGGGUGAGCAAGGUCUUUGUUGCGCCAGGCAACGGCGGUACCGCUACGGCGAGCGCAAAGAUCGAGAACGUCCCGAUUGGACACAGCCAGGGCGAUUUCCCGGCGCUGGUUGAGUUUGCUCAGUCACAGAAGGUUGGACUGGUUGUUCCUGGCCCCGAGCAGCCGCUGGUUGACGGCGUGGCCGAUGAGUUCAAGAAGGUUGGCAUCCCUGUGUUCGGCCCGUCGAGCAAGGCGGCGUACAUUGAGGGAUCGAAGGCGUUCAGCAAGGACUUCAUGCAAAAGCACAACAUUCCAACUGCACAGUACGGCAACUUCACCGGACUAUGCCAAGGCGCGUCAUUUGAUGUUGUGAUCAAGGCCUCCGGUCUGGCAGCCGGCAAGGGCGUGCUGAUCCCCAAGAACAAGCAGGAGGCUUUGGAUGCGCUCAAGUCGGUGAUGGUCGACCGCGAGUUUGGCGCGGCCGGCGACGAGGUGGUCAUUGAGGAGCUGCUGGUCGGACCAGGAGAUCAGCUCGUGUCGUUCCCGGCAGCGCAGGAUCAUAAGCGCGCAUACGACAACGACGAGGGUCCCAACACGGGCGGCAUGGGUGCCUAUGCGCCCGCCCCGGUUGCGACACCGGAGCUGAUGAAGGAGCUGCACAAGACCGUGCUGCAGCCGUCGAUCGACGGCAUGCGGCGGGACGGGUUCCCGUUUGUCGGCUGCCUGUUCACAGGCUUCAUGCUGACUCCCAAUGGCCCUAAGGUGCUCGAGUACAACUGCCGGUUCGGUGAUCCCGAGACCGAGGUAUUCCUGGCUGGUGCUGAGGGACGGCUCGAUGCUGUGCCGCUCAAGUUCAAGGACAGCUAUGCGGCAACGGUUGUCAUGGCGUCAGAGGGAUACCCGGGCUCAUACCCAAAGGGCCGCACGAUCACAUUCGGUGAGCCGCUGGACAACACUGUCGUGUUCCAUGCAGGUACCAAGCGCGAGAACAACAUUGUCAGCACCUCGGGUGGCCGUGUGCUGACGGUCACUGGCCGCUGGAUCGUGCGAUAUGCAGCGAUCAAGACUGUCAAGUUCGAUGGUGGAUUCUACCGGUCAGACAUUGGAUUCCGCGCGAUUGAGUAUCUGAAGGGCGAGGCUGGCAAGUCCGGCCUGUCGUACGCUGACGCCGGUGUCGACAUUGAUGCUGGUAAUCGCCUGGUGGAUCUGAUCAAGCCGAUUGUCAAGGCCACGCGCCGUUCGGGCACUGACUCCGAUAUUGGCGGUUUCGGCGGCGUAUUCGAUCUUAAGGCGACUGGUUACAAGGACCCGGUCUUGCUCAAGAUUGCCCACGAAAUGAAGAUCCACGAUACCGUUGGCAUUGACCUUGUGGCGAUGCAGGUCAACGACAUCAUCGUGCAGGGAGCCGAGCCGCUGUUCUUCCUUGACUACUAUGCCUGCGGGCACCUGGAUGUCGAGGCGACGCGCGACUUUGUCAAGGGUGUUGCCGACGGGUGCCUUGACUCUGGGUGUGCGCUGAUUGGCGGCGAGACGGCGGAAAUGCCUGGGCUGUAUACCGAGGGCGACUACGAUGUAGCUGGAUUUGCGGUCGGCGCUGUGGAGCGGUCCGAGAUCCUGCCUCGCAUGGACACGAUGCAGGCUGGCGAUGUGCUGGUCGGUCUGGCCUCAUCGGGUGUGCACUCUAACGGGUCGUUCGCCCACGCUGGCCUCGACUUCCAUAGCACGUGCCCAUGGACCUCUGACGGCCGCACGGUUGGUGAGGCUUUGCUGACCCCGACCCGCAUCUACGUCAAGCCGCUGCUGCCGCUGAUCCACAAGAGCCUGAUCAAGGGUAUGGCGCACAUCACAGGCGCAUCUGGGCGUGCAGGUGGACGCAUCCAAGUGGGAGUUCCCCGCCGUGUUCCAGAGCAUGUCGAUACAGUUGUCGCCGAGCUGACACAGAGCGGCGAGAGUGCCUAUGUCAUCGGUAGCGUUGUUCCUGUCGAUGCCCAGGCCAGCGAGACCGAGCGCGUGAGUGUGUCCAACACUCAGGCGUGGUAAACAAAACCUCUGCUGACUACCUGUAUGCACGUCAAAGCAAUGCGUGGGCAGCAAAUUGUUCCAUUAUAGCGCUAUGUGGACAUGUGGUCUGCAUAGUUUUUUGCAAAAAUACAUGGGUUAACCAUU